AUAUUGCCGAGCUGUCUGCGGCGGCGGCGGCGCGUCUCCUCUCCGGCGGCUCAGGGCUCGCACCGCCGCCUCUCCGUUCGCUCGCUGCCAGCCGCGACGCCCCCGCCGAGCCGCGCCUCAGCCAGCCCGCGGCGGGCAGGGAAGGAGCCGCUCAUUUUCGGGGCAAUAAUAGUUUAUAGAAGUGAAGAGUUCCUAAAGAAGAUAACAAACAAGAGAAGGAAAAUGCCGAAACCAAUCAAUGUACGAGUAACUACGAUGGAUGCUGAGCUAGAAUUUGCCAUUCAGCCCAAUACAACUGGCAAACAACUUUUUGACCAGGUUGUAAAAACAGUUGGUUUACGUGAGGUCUGGUUUUUUGGGCUGCAGUAUGUAGACAGCAAAGGAUAUUCUACGUGGCUAAAACUGAAUAAAAAGGUGACACAGCAAGAUGUUAAAAAAGAAAAUCCUUUACAAUUCAAGUUUAGAGCUAAAUUCUUUCCUGAAGAUGUGUCUGAGGAAUUGAUUCAAGAAAUAACACAGAGACUUUUCUUCUUGCAAGUUAAAGAAGCCAUCUUAAAUGAUGAAAUAUAUUGCCCACCAGAAACUGCAGUUCUUUUGGCUUCGUAUGCUGUCCAAGCCAAGUAUGGAGAUUAUAAUAAAGAGGUUCACAAACCAGGAUACCUGGCUAAUGACAGACUCCUACCACAGCGUGUUUUGGAACAACACAAACUGACCAAAGAGCAGUGGGAGGAGCGGAUCCAGAACUGGCACGAAGAGCACAGAGGGAUGCUGAGGGAGGAUUCGAUGAUGGAGUACCUGAAGAUUGCACAAGAUCUAGAAAUGUAUGGCGUCAACUAUUUUGAAAUCAAGAAUAAGAAGGGCACUGAAUUGUGGCUGGGUGUUGAUGCUUUGGGUCUGAAUAUUUAUGAACAUGAUGACAAGUUAACACCUAAAAUUGGUUUUCCCUGGAGUGAAAUCCGAAAUAUUUCAUUUAAUGACAAAAAAUUUGUUAUAAAGCCAAUUGACAAAAAGGCACCUGAUUUUGUUUUCUAUGCUCCUCGUCUGAGAAUCAAUAAGCGGAUUUUGGCCUUAUGCAUGGGAAACCAUGAACUGUACAUGAGAAGGAGAAAGCCUGAUACUAUUGAAGUACAGCAGAUGAAGGCUCAGGCCCGGGAGGAAAAGCACCAGAAGCAGUUGGAAAGGGCACAAUUAGAGAAUGAAAAGAAGAAAAGAGAAAUAGCAGAAAAGGAAAAGGAAAGAAUAGAGCGUGAGAAGGAAGAGCUAAUGGAGCGUCUAAGGCAAAUUGAAGAGCAGACAAUGAAAGCCCAAAAAGAACUAGAAGAACAGACUCGGAAAGCUCUGGAACUGGAGCAGGAGCGCCAACGAGCAAAAGAGGAGGCAGAGCGGCUAGAUAAGGAGCGGCGGGCUGCGGAGGAGGCCAAGUCCGCCAUAGCCAAGCAAGCUGCUGACCAGAUGAAGAACCAGGAGCAGCUGGCAGCAGAACUUGCCGAAUUCACUGCCAAGAUUGCACUUUUAGAGGAAGCCAAGAAGAAAAAGGAAGAGGAAGCUACCGAAUGGCAACACAAAGCUUUUGCAGCUCAGGAAGACUUGGAAAAGACCAAAGAAGAGUUAAAAACGGUGAUGUCUGCGCCCCCUCCCCCUCCCCCUCCACCGGUCGUUCCUCCCACAGAAAAUGAGCAUGACGAGCAUGACGAGAACAGUGCUGAGGCCAGUGCAGAGUUGUCCAGCGAGGGGGUGAUGAACCACCGGAGCGAGGAGGAGCGGGUGACGGAGACCCAGAAAAAUGAACGUGUAAAGAAGCAGCUCCAGGCAUUAAGUUCAGAGUUAGCCCAAGCCAGAGAUGAAACCAAGAAAACACAGAAUGAUGUUCUUCAUGCUGAGAAUGUCAAAGCAGGCCGUGAUAAGUACAAGACUCUCCGACAGAUUCGACAAGGCAAUACAAAGCAGCGCAUCGAUGAGUUUGAAGCAAUGUGGGGACCCAAACUGUAUGCACUGUUCCAGAUGCGCUCCUGCCAAAGCAGCAUAAAGCAUAUGUAACAGGAUGAAGCCUCCCUCCUCGUGAGGUCCCUGGUGGCUGACCCAUGAUGAGCUUUCGACUAAGGAUGUACUGAGACAGCCCUGUGUCUUGAAUGCAUACACCCCAAAACUCUGGUGUAUCCUGGACAACUGGAUAGACUCUUGCUCAUCAACCAGGGCACUUGCUGAUGUCCCAUUCCCCCACCUGCUCUUGGCCUUCUUCUUGCUGUUAUUCUUUCCUAGACCUCUCCACUGUCUUUCCUAGGAACAGCCCUCAGGAGAUGGACCAGGACUUGGGAUGUCUGCAGACCCUGUGGUCCUCAGCCAGCCAGCAUCUGCUGAGCUCGACUUUUAGAUGCCAUUUUCUCAAACAGAUGCUGGAAGGCACCAACUUCUGGAAAUCCCCCAGCACACACACCCCACCCCGCUUUUUUUUUUUUCUUCCUGCAUGACUAGCUCAUAAGAUGGAAUCUAAGGGGAGAAUUAUCAAGACUUUUUCACUUUUUAAAAAAAUAUCUGUGACUUAUCUUUGGCUUUUAUCUGAGCGCAAACUUGGUGGCGUGCAUCUCCUUCAGUGUGUACUCCUGUGGAAUCUGCAGACACUGCUGCGACAUCCCCUUCCUGUCUGGGCUGUUUGUACACUUGUAUAUAAAUGUAGCAAUAAAUAUAUUCUAACAUCA